AUGCCACGUGAACGAAAAUUUAAAAAAUUUCUUCGCAAAGAUGAACUUAAUUCUGAAAGGGUCUUAAAUGAAUAUUUAAAUGCUCUAAAAAGUGAAAUCGAAGUUUUAAGAAAUAUACUUGAAAAUAAAAAUAAAGUUUUAGCCAAAGUUUUAGAAAUUACUAAAGAAAUCAUGAUAAAAUAUAAAGAUCCGAUGAUAGAAAAAGUAAUUCAAGAUAUACAGAACGAAAUAAAUUAUUCAAGUUCUUCACCACAAGAGGAUUUAGAGAUAAAAAAAGAAUUACUUCAAUACAUGCAAAUUAAAACGGAUAACCGAUUAGAUCUUGAAAAAACCAAUUAUCCAUCCGAAUUAUUCCCAACCAUUCAUUCAGUAGACUUUGAGCAAUUACAAGAAGUUGAAAAUAUUUACAAUGAAUAUACCAAAAAUAUCCCUGAUGAUCUAAAAGAAGAGUGGUUAAAAUAUAAAUCAAGAAUCGUUCAAGAAUAUCAAGAUGACAUCUUCAAAAUCAAACACCCUUCAAUUGUUGGUCAGACUUUUGACGAAAUUUUUGAUUUUCCUAUGUUAAUUCCUA